CCGAUUACCACCGAUAAAGAAUAUAACAGUAAUAACUAUAAAAUCUUCCCCCCUCUCUUUCUUUUUUUUUUCUAUUAUUAUUUCACUUGAUUUAUUUAAAUACCAAUUCUUUUUUUUUUUCCAACGCUUCUUUAUCCAUUUUCUUCCACUACAGCUUCCAUGAUUACUCGUCUAACUACCAAGAACUUCAUCUCUAACUUUAACAAACGAUCUACCAUGUUUUUGAUCCGCCUUCCUCCUCAACAUCCUCAUCAUCAUCAUCAUCAUCAUCAUUAUCAUCGACGUUCUCUUACAACAGGGCCUUUACUUAGAUCUUCUCAAUCAGGGGCACUUUUGAAUGAAACUGAAGUAGAAACAUCUCCCAAAUUUAUUGGUGGAUCAAAGGCCAACACCCUAUUUCAUCAAGCAUGGAAAAAUAUCGAACAGUAUUAUGGGAUGGAAAACAUAAGAUUACCCCGUGAACUCUUCUUUUUAAUGGGUGCACCAGGAGCUGGAAAAGGUACUCAUACUCCAUUGAUAUUAAAUGCUCGAGGCAUAAAAAAUUCCCCAAUAGGGAUUUCUCAACUUGUACAAUCACCUGAAUGUCGACAAUUUAUGGAUCAAGGACUUUUAUUAUCUGAUAGUUAUGUUAUUGAAUUGAUGCUUCAUGCUAUCAUACAAUCUCCACAUCCUGAAUCUGGUGUCCUUAUAGAUGGUUUCCCACGAACGGAAAUUCAAGCAGAAGUAUUACACUUGUUAUAUGAAAAGUGGACUCAGCUACGAUCACAGUUUGCAAAUACUACUGUUCAUCAUCAUUUUCCACGGCCAAGUUUUAGAAUCUGUGUAUUGUAUGUAGAUAAAGAAACAUCAGUCCAAAGACAAUUAGAAAGAGGUCAAAAAAUUAGAAAGCAUAAUCAACAUGUCAAAUCCAUUGGUCAAGGUGAACUUUUGGAGGAACGAGUAACUGAUUUCGACGAAAGACUGAUACGCGCGAGAUAUGAUACCUUUGAAUCCAAUUAUGGCUCACUACUACAAUUAGCCGAUUCAUUUCCAUUUCACCUAAUUGAUGCAUCAGGUACGGAGAAACAAGUGAUCCAAGCCAUUUUGAAAGAAUUCGAUGAUCAAUCGUCAUUUGAAUUGGAGUCAGAAAUCCAUAAUGCUUUGACUCGUCUCCCUGAUCCUAAAAAGAUCGGGCUUCAGCAGCGCCAGGAUCUAGUUGGACGACUUGAAUACUAUUAUGAAACUCAACCUGCUACUUUACAAAAGGCGAUACAGUACAUUGAACUUCAUGUUCUACCUCAUAUACUUCAGCACAGUCAUCCCGGUCAAUUGUCCAUUCCAUUCAUAUGGAUGAUCAACGAUUGUUUUAUCCUAAAAAGGUUUUCGCGUAACAAUAAAAUGCCAACGCGUGUUGAUUUAACUAUAGGCCAUAUUUAAGUUCUUUUUUUUUUUCUUGAUUUUACUGAUGAUCCUUUUUAGACAAAUGAUUCAUUUCUUUAUUUGAUUUUCCCUAGUCAAUUCAGAUUUAUACUUCAUAGUAGUUCUAGAACUAUAGAAUCAUGAUACUAAAACUAUAUUUAGCUUUUACCUCUUUUUCUUUUUUAAAAUAAAACACGGAAACUUGAAAUCUAGCCAAUGAUGAUCAUACAUCGGGGUUUUUCAUGCAAAAAAUUUGGUAGUUGGUCGGAAAUAUAAAGAGAGAGACGAGGCCAAAAAAACUUCACCCUUUUUUUUCUUUUCUUUUCUUUUU